UAGUGUCUACGUGCUUGUGCGUGUUUGUGUGCGUGUGUUUGUGUGUGUCAGUAUGUGUCUGUGUGCCAGUAGUGUUGUGUGUCAGUGUCCAGCAGAGAACUUGCAGCAGCUGCUCCCAGGAAUGGCCGCCAACGCCACCUCCAACAACGGCAACACGAACGCCGGCAACCUGUCGGAGGAGCAGGUGCACUGCUCCAUCUGCCUGGACGUCUUCACCAACCCCGUGUCCAUCCCCUGCGGACACAACUUCUGCCAGAGUUGCAUCCUGGGCUACUGGAGGACCAGCCCGUCGUACCAGUGUCCCAUGUGCAAGAAGAGCUUCGCCAAGCGGCCCGACGUCAGCGUCAACACCGUGCUCCGCGAGAUCGCCCAGCAGUUCAAGGAGAUCCGCGUGAACAGCGCAGAGAAGAGGAGGUGCGAGGAGCGGCGGCAGGAGGAGCAGCAGGAGGAGGAGAAGAGGUGGGGGAGGGGGAAUCAAGGCGAGGACGAGGAGCAGCUCCUGCAGGAGGACAAGCGGGAGCAGCUCCUGGUGGAGCUGAAGGAGAGACAGGCGGAGGAGCGGAGGAGGCGCGAGGAGAAGGAGAAGAAACCCCGCGCGGGACUCCAGGACGAGCUGCCGCCCCUGGUCCCGCCCUCCUCCCCCCCCUCCGGCCUGAAACCCUCUCCCUCUCCGCCGCCCCCGCCGGGGGUCGAAGGGGCGUCCGUCCCCCGGACCACGCCCGAACGGCCCCCGCGGCCGGCGCACUCCAGAACCUCCUCGACCCCGCCCUCUCCCAGAACCCCGGCUCCUCCUCCUCCUCCUCCGACCCCGCCGACCCCUGUCUUCGCGCCCUGGGCGGCGGAGGAGGUGCUCUGCGACGUGUGCCUCGGCGGGGACCGCCCGGCGGCCGAGAAGUCGUGCCUGGUGUGUCUGACGUCGUACUGCGGCGAGCACCUGCGCUCCCACACGGCGCGCUUCACCAAGCACAAGCUGAUCCAGCCCGUGGCCAACAUGGCGGCGCGCAUGUGCCCCAAGCACGAGCGCCUCCUGGAGCUCUUCUGCAAGAAGGAGCAGACGUGCGUGUGCGUGCUGUGCACCGAGACGGACCACCGGUCGCAUUACACCGUGCCCGUCGAGCGCGAGUGGAUGGACAAAAAGGCACAGCUGAAGAGGGUGGAGUUGGAUGUGCAACAGAUGAUCAGCGAGAGGCAGCAGAAAGUGGAGGAGAUCAAGAAAUCGGUUGACCACUAUAAAGCAAGCGCGGCGCGGGAGGUGGAGGAGUGCGGGGCGGUGUUCGCGGAGUUGGUGCGUGUGAUUCAGCGGGCGCAGGCGGAGAUGGUGCGGAGCGUGGAGGAGGGGCGGGGCCAGGCUGAGCGGCGGGCCCAGGGCCUGGUGGCCGCCCUGGAGCAGGAGAUCGCAGAGCUCCAGCGCCGCAACACGGACCUGGAGAGCCUGGGCCGCACCGACCACAUCCACUUCCUGCAGAGUUUCCCAGCAUUCAGUGCGUCUCCGAUUGUGAAGGACUGGUCUGGUACCAGUGUUCCCACGGAUACCAGCAUCGGAACCAUCCGCAGGGCGGUUGCUAAGCUACAGAGCGUGCUCGACGCAGAGAUAGACAAGCUUGCAGACGGCGAGAUCAAGAAGCUGGGGAAAUACACAGCCGACCUGACCCUCGACCCCGACACGGCCAACCCCUGGCUGCAGCUGUCCCAGGACCGCCGGCAGGUGCGCCACCUGGGGGCGUGGCAGGACCUGCCCGACACCCCCCACCGCUUUGACACGGUGGUCAUCGUGCUGGGCCGCGAGGGCUUCGCCGCCGGGCGCCACUACUGGGAGGUGGCGGUGGGCGAGAAGGACGACUGGUACCUGGGCGUGGCCCGCUCCUCCGUCAAGAGGAAGGGCCGCAUCGCCGUCAGCGUCGCCCAGGGUUACUGGGCGCUGGCCAUGAAGAAGGGCCAGGAGUACCGCGUGUCCACGGCCCCGCCCUCCCUGGUGACCCUUGACCCCCGGCCGAAGCGCGUGGGCGUGUACGUGGACUGCGAGGAGGGCCAGGUGUCCUUCUACGACGCUAAGGCCCGCAAGCACAUUUACACCUUCUGGGAUACGCUCGGAGAGAAGGUGUUCCCCUUCUUCUACCUGUACUGCUGCGACAAGGCCUCCGACACCAUGGUGAUCUGCCCGGCCGGCCACAAGGCAGCGCUCAAACACACCUGAGGUACCAGGACCGGGGGGCCGGGAAGAACGGGAUGGGAAGAUAAAGAUUUUACGUUGCUUAAUGUGUUGUUUUUAAAAUAUACUUGAAAGAAUGUUUCUGAUCUUAUUCAAUUGUGUAAAGUUGUGAUGGUGUGUGACUGAAUGUAUCCAUCUUAUUUUAUUGACUAUUUCCUGCAAAACUACUUAAAACUUUAAAGCCGAAUGUUGGGGCAAAAACGAUUAUUCAAAAUGUAAGCGUUUUUAUUUUUUUCUUUCUUUAUAGUUUCAUACUAAUUCAGGCAUACCAAAACCGAUUACAUUUUCUUCUAUUUUAGUAUUUCAACUUAAACUUAAAUUUUAGGGCAUAUUUUGGACUAUUAUAUUUCAAAUGUUGACCGUGAUAAGUAAUUUCAAACAAUAAAUCUCACUGAAGGGAGGUCAUUGUCAUUUUGGAAACCUCUCUUUUAGAUUUCUAUUCUCAAACUGGAUGUCCACAUUAGCAACUGUCUGUGGUGUGAUCUGAGAUCAAAUCAAAAUAAACUACAAGUACCUUCUAGUCUUUCUGCCCUGUGGCAGCCGCAGAUGUUCCUGUAACCUAUCAGUCUUUCAGAGACAAACAAAGUGAUGUUAUCUUAUUUCAUAAUCAUAUGGGUUGCUUCUCCCUCCUGUCUCUUUACAAGUUAUAUAGAAACAUCCAUUUCAAGAUGAGGGACUAGAGUAGUUAAGGAAAAUGUGUUCUCCUUUCAAUAAAGAAAUCAUUGCCUGAUGUGAA